AUGUCCGCCCACUUCGACGGGGGUGCGGAGAUCGCCGGACGGCGGCUCCGGGAAGUGGAGGUCUCGUACGUGGAUGACCCGACGCUCGACAUGGGUGCCGAGGACUCGGACGAUUGCCCGGCCUCGCCGCCGCCGACCUACUACCUCCGCGUCCGCGAGGAGAACAAGAGGGGGACCACGGGGGGCGGCAACGGUGGGGAUCGUGAUGAUGAUGCCGAGCAGCACGCAGCAGGAAACUUCCCCUCCGGGCCGAGAUGGUUUCGGAGCGAAUGCCAACAUUUCAGGCAUUUGGAAGAAGUCUCGCCUGCGUAG